GCUCCUUUUGUCUGGCUCCCUCCUCUGCUGCUGAGCCACCUGAAAGAAGAGCUGCUUCAAGCUUGGCUCUUCCCUCCCUCCUUCCUUCCUUGCUUUCGCCCUCCUGCCCUUGGGAUGCUCUCCUGGACCUGCUGCUGCUGCUGCUGCUGCUGCUGCUGCUUGAACCCUUGGCCAUGCCUUGCUAGCAACCUGAAGAAGCUGGCCAGCAGCAGAGGAGUUGCUCUGCUAUAAAGCAGCAACCAGGGGUGAAAUUGGAUGGAUGCAGGGAUGCCAGGUGGCAAAGUGGAUGCUGGCAGCAGCAAUGCUGCCACCCCAAGAAGAUUGGAAGCCAGAGAUGGGGUGGCACAAAGGGAGGAGGAGCAAGAAGAAGAGGGGGAUGAAGAUCUCAGAGAUGGUGGUGUCCCCUUUUUUGUGAACCGAGGAGGGCUUCCCAUCAAUCAGGCCACCUGGGAAAGGAUGUGGAAACAUGUGGCCAAGAUCCACCCUGAAGGAGAAAAAGUGGCUCUGAGGAUUCGGGGAGCCACUGACCUACCCAAGAUUCCUAUACCGAGUGUGCCUACGCUCCAGCCGUCCACUCUUAUUCCUGAGCGCCUGGAAGCCAUACAGCGCUACAUCAGGGAACUUCAAUACAAUCAUACUGGGACACAGUUCUUUGAAAUUAAGAAAAGCAGGCCUUUGACUGGGCUGAUGGAUCUGGCCAAAGAAAUGACAAAAGAGGCCCUGCCAAUCAAAUGUCUAGAGGCUGUGAUCCUUGGACUUUACCUCACCAACAACAUGCCAACACUGGAGCGUUUUCCCAUCAGCUUCAAAACCUACUUCUCAGGGAACUACUUCCGCCAUAUUGUGCUGGGGGUGAACUUUGGGGGGCGCUAUGGGGCACUGGGCAUUAGUCGGCGUGAGGAUCUCAUGUACAAGGCACCAACCUUCCGCACCCUGAGUGAACUUAUCUUUGACUAUGAGGAGGCAUAUCGGCACUGCUGGCACACCCUGAAAAAGGUGAAACUUGGCCAGUAUGUGUCUCAUGAUCCACACAGCGUAGAGCAGAUUGAGUGGAAGCACUCCAUCUUGGAUGUGGAGAAGCUGGGCCAUGAGGAAUUUCGCAAGGAGCUGGAGAGGCAUUCCCGUGACUUGAGACUAAAGAUCAGCAAAGGAACAGGGCCACCAUCACCCACCAAGGAUAGGAAAAAGGAUGUAUCAUCCCCACAGCGAAGCCAAUCCAGUCCACAUCGUCGGAACAGUCGGACAGAGAGGCGACCAUCUGGAGAGAAGAAACCUACAGAGCCCAAAGCCAUGCCAGAUCUGAAUGGUUACCAAAUCAGAGUGUAAAGAGUCUCCUGCCAAUUGUGGAUCACUCCCUGGGCAGCCUUUGAACCAGUUCUGGUGGCAGGAUGUUCAGUGCAGAAAGUGGAAGCACAGUGGGCACAAAGUCUUGGAUGUGUGUGUGUGUUUUCUUCUCCAUUUUCUUCCUGCAUUGUUGUCUCUGGAGCCUUAGUCUGCAGCAUACAGGGCAUUUACUUGUUUGACAUAAUGGUGGGAUUUUUUUUUAAUGGAGUGGCUAAACAAAACUCUUAAAGUAGCAGACCUGCCAGUCUUAAAUUAGGGGUUAUGUGCUAAAACAGUACUGAUAGAAAGCUACUAUCCAGCAGCCUACUGGUCCAUGGUAUUGCUGGAAUGCUUUUAACUUUUUCUAGCCCCUUACUGGAACUUUGUCUCCUUUUUCUGAAAGAAUGAAGUUAGUAUGGAGGUCCCAGAAACAGGCAAAGUGCAGCUGGGAACAAAACAAAUGCUAAUCCUUGUGGAAGAAUGUCUGAAUUUUUACUAUCUGACAAUUUUAGUAUUUUAUACCAGGAUUGGGUGGGGGACAACUGUAUCUUCACAUAUGCCCUCAGAAUCACUGACUUGAUGGGUGUGCUUCUCUUUCAAAUGGUGGUGUGCCUUGUAUGAUGAAAACCUGCUCCAUCAGCAAGCCAACCAACUUAAUCUCCAGGAAAUGAAUCUUUGAAAGAGGCAACUCAGGUGAUGCCUGAGAAGUCAACAGAAAAAUAGUGAUAGCUUAAUUGUCUAGUAAUGGCAGUUGCCCAUCACAAUGCAUGCAGGAGGAUUGGUUGGAGACCAGAUUUCUGUAUCAUUACUUUUUGGUGCUGUUCUGGCAAUGAGUGUGUUGAUAAAAUGUUCUAGCCUUUAAGUGGCAGGGAAUUGGGGGGGAGAAAAAGCAGAUCCCUCUGAUUAGAUUCCAUGAGUAUUUCUGCCUCUUGAUGGGGGAAAAAAGAUGUCUUACUAUUUCUAACAGCAGAAACCUUGCUCUGUCCCCUUAUCAAGGUGUGUAUUUGUUCUUACUAUAUGAAGAUCACAUAUUGAGGUUUUUUAGGGCUUUUAACAGUAUCUGGAUAUUGAUGUAUGAAGGGGACUGGGGGUCACAUUACAUUCAGGGUUGGAUCUAUUACUCUUUGUGCUCCCCUUGUCUAUUUCUUCUUUUUCCUAUCUUCCUGACUUGUGUAACACUAACAUGUGCAAGGUUUUCUUCAUCUAGUCUGGACCAAAGUCUUGAGUUGCCUUUCUUUUUGUCCUUUAUAUUUCAAUAGUGAAUGACUUUAUACCUUCUGACUUAAAACCACAACUCAACAUUUUGAUAAUUAAACAUGGUAGCUGGUUUUAAUCGAAGCCUGCUCAAGCCUGGAUACUUCACAGUCCUAUCUCAAGCCUCAGUUCACAUCCCUUUAUUAUCAAACUGGUUGAACAGAAGUAGCUGUAAGUGAAAUUACAUAAAUUGGGGGCUUCUUUACAGAAGAUAGUGAGGAUAGGACCCUACACUGUUUCAAGCAACUCUUGCUGUUUUGCAAUAGUUGAAGGAGACAGAGUGUUCAACAGAGGUUAAUCUAGUUUAAUAAAGAACAAAACUAAAAGGUGGGAUGGGUUAGUCUGACCAGUCUUAAAAGAAGCCUGUUUUUUGACAAGGAAGGUGGUAAACAGUCAACCUGAGUAAGUUCUAUAAGAUAUGGCAGACUUCCCCCAUCCCAGUUGCUUAUCUCACUGUCUCAAUGCUAAAAGAAUUGAGGAUCUAUCAAGGGCUCAUGUAUUAUGUACAGAAGAUAUUCUAGACUAGAGAAACUAAAAUGCUUUCUAGUGUCUUCUUUCCCUGUUCUGUUCAGCAUGGCCAGCUCAGGCUGCAGCAUUUCAAUAAUCACAGGAAAUGUGAUUGCUUUCUUUCACUUUUCUAUUCUUCCCCAACCUCCACAAUCAGCCAUCCUUUUUCAUGUUCUUUAAAUUUGACUCUUUUCAUACCAGGAUAAUGCUGGUCUUCCUCUCAGCUAGUGAGCAGCCAUGGAGUAAACACUUCCAGAAAUUAUGUGUUGUGGUGUCUCUCUGGUUGUGAAAGCUGGGAGUAUUGUUGUUGAUUAGUAUUGCAUUUUUGUGUAUAUUGGGGGAGUGGAUAUGAAACAAUGUGAUGUGAGUUUCCAGUCCUGUCUUGCUGAAAAGGUGAGAUUUACAAUAUGCUAACAUCAAGUGGAGGGAGGGUGGGGGAAGGCUACAACUGAAAAAUGUAUGCUACAGAAAGUGUCUGGACACUUAUGAGCCAGAUGCAAAUGUGUCAUGUAUGUCCACAAACUAUUAGCAUUGUUUAGGGCACUGUUCAACAUGCUUGUGGCUAGUUCUUUUUUGUUUCUCUACAACUAAGAAAAAACACUUUUAACUAUGACGGGAUCAUAUUUAUAUUUAAAGAUGGCUAUUCUUUUUGUAGUUUACAGUGAACCUGAUUUUUAGAUAAUAAAUAGUGAAAAUUCUACUGCAAAUCGAGCCCGUACUCAUCCAUCAGCAAUCACUUCUGUGAAGUGUCUUAAGAGAGUAAAAGACCCUGCUCUUAUUCAGUUGCCAUUGUUUCUGUUUUUCUAGCUUAACUACUGGCUAAAUCUAUCUACACAGGAAAAUGGGUGACGGGGAAGGAGUAGAACAGAAGCUGGUUAAUAUUUAUUACCAGGCCAUGAUCUGUUAGCAGCUGAAAGAAACCUUAUGUUUCAGUGUUCCUUUUGAUCUUGAAAAAUUGAGCCAAGUUCCAGGAUUACAUGUAAAGAUGGUAUCAAAUUCAUUUAGCUGAGCCCUUGAAAUGAACCAGUAACUCCCAUUAUAAUUUCUCUCUAAGAAAUGCCAUUGUGAAGCAGCCUACUCUUUUUUGUUUUUGCUGGUGGUGAACCACAGUUAAUGUGAAAGUAAACAUAAAACCUAAUUGGAACAUGUGUUCCUUUGCCAAGCAUGUAGCAGUCUCUGCCUUUCUGUCUUGGGGUUCAGCUAUAAGCACAGAGAACUUGGCAUACUGGGAAAGAUUCAGAAGAAAAUUGUAUCUGGCAGUUCUGAUGAGGACUCACAUAUAUUUACUGUAAUGAAAAGGUGUGUAGGAGAAAUAUUUUAAAGGGUCUUCCAGGAAGAAACAACAGUCUAUACUGAAUGCCUAGGUUUCAUAGCAUCUCUUUAGAGAUACUCCCUAUGCCCUGCUAUUGGCAAAACAUCUGUUAAUGAUGCUUCAGGGGUGGGGAACUUGUGUCUCUCCAUAUAUUGUUGGACUCAACUUCCACUGGCUCAAACUAGCAUAGUAAAUGGAUGAUGCAACCUCAUCCAAAGGGCCAUAGUACACCACUUCUGUUUCAGCCAUACAGACUACA